AGGGGAUUCAGAGAGAAGGAAAGACCAAUAAUUGUGGACUGGAAAGACAGAGAGGGAAGGAGGACCCUAAUGAAUGUUAGGUCAGCCGCUCAGCUGUUUGAUGAAGUCACAGCAGACACACCAGACAGUGAAAUGCCUGUGGCUUGGCAGACAGUCUGGGUCUCCAGUAGAGCCCAACCUUUGGCACCCUGACCCCACAUUAGCACUAAACUUUCCUGUGAAAUUUUUCCCUCUGACCUCCUGUUCUAGGUAGUCAGCAUCCACAUCUAUUGUGUUUUGUGUUCUGUUGGUUCUUGUAAACACAGUUUCCACCUUUUUUGGAGUGUAAAACGAUCUGUCUGUCUGAGCUGGCCCCGGCAAGACGACGUGCUGUUGACAGUGACUCUCCUUCCUUUAUAUCGGACUUUACUCAUCGUCUCUGUAUUCCGACUCACUCGUUGUCUAAACCCAAGAGCCUGGGACUUCAUCAGUCUAGUCUGUGAACAAGAAACGGCGUAAACAAACACCGACAGGAUCUAGUCUCGACUUUUCUUAUACUCUCCGGAGGCCGCGAAGUUCUUUCAAGUUCUCUUUCUACAGAACCCAACACUCAGUGAAACUAUGGGACAAGGACACUCUACUACCAAGAAUCCACACCAACAGUCGUCCAAAUACGCUCCUCGAGAAUCGCCCGUUGAUUCGGGCGCCACAAACCUGUCAUCCACAAAGCAAAAGAAACGCGGUGGGACCCGAAGUAGCAGCACCAAAUCCUCGGGCGGGGGCGCCUCCACGGGGCUACCAUACGGCGGUGGAAGCUCCAAGAAGAGCGCGGGUAGUAGCAGAGAAGGGUCGAGAACUCUGCCACCUGCCAUUGGUGACAGACGGCUCCCUGCUGUGCCCGCUCAACAACACUCGCCUACUGGUUCGGGUAGCCCGCGCUCUCACGACCACCAACAUUACCAUCCAGCCAGCAGAACGUCUUCCCUGACCCACAACCAGCCAGUCAGCACCAGGCACAGAAGUACAGACAGAAAGAGCAAUGCACCCCCCAGCCUCCCGUCUCGACAGUUCUCACUCUCCAAACAGACUUCCACAGGGAGCGCCUCUGGUGGCACAUCCAAACACACGCAGAUUGAGAAAUACUUCAACCUAUACAAAGACAAGGAGGAGGCCGCUAUUCUCGCCGAGGGCAUAGAGCGAUUCUGCAUCGAUCUCAACGUAGACCCCACAGAGUUUAUUGUGUUGGUGUUGGCGUGGAAGUUUGAGGCCUCACAAAUGUGCCGGUUCACUCGUGAGGAGUUCAUCAACGGCUGCAAGAAGAUGGAGGCAUUCGACGCCAAGAGCCUCAGGAAUCGGUUCCCGCAGCUCUUGCAGGACGCCCGCAGCGAAUUUAAGGACUUGUACCAGUUCACUUUCAGUUUUGGUCUUGAU